AUGUCUAUCGGUCCAGAAGAGUUUCUGGACGGCUUGGUGCUAUACCACCCUUAUGAUGAAGGGAAAAAUGCCGAAGCAGAAGAUCUUAGCGGAAACAAACACGUGGGUGUAAUUGACAACCCCACAUGGGUUGAUGGAAAGUUCGGGAAGGCGUUGGAAUUUGGUGGUGAAGGCAGCGACGUUUUUGUCACUGUUGAGAGCACUCCCAAAUUAAACGUGGAUGAAUGCUCGUUCAUGGCGUGGGUUAACGCUGAGCACUGGAACGGCACACGCCAGAUUGUCGGUAAAUCCGUUCACGGUGGUUGUGCUGGCAGGGUUCAAUACGGAUUGUUUAGUGAAGCUGGCACCUUCAAACUCCGUUUUGAAACCGAAGCAGGUAACGUCGAUAUUGCAACUGCUCUGCCUGACACCGAGAAAUUUAUCCAUAUUGCUUUCACCAACGAUACCAAGAAAGGCAAAAUCUACAUUGACGGCGAGGAGGUAGUUGAAGGGGCUAUCCCCGGUAAGCUCAAAGCCAACGACGAUCCGUGGCGGGUUGGACAGGAUUGCGAUCGUCUUAACUACGUCUUCGCUGGAAUUAUUGACGAGGUCCGUCUCUGGAAUCGCGCACUCAGCGAGGAUGAAAUCAAUACGUUUAUGGAACAGGGCGUGGAUGCGCUUGCUGUUGAAGCAGCAGGGAAACUCUCUACGACCUGGAGCCGCCUGAAAGCAGGACGUUAA